AUGCCUGUUCCAGGAAGAAGGAAAGGUUCCUUCCUUCCGCUGCUACCUUUACUUGUUAUUUUUAUACUGUCUGUUGGCGCAAAUGCAGCUGCCGCAGCUUUGGGCAUUGACUUUGGUACUGAAUACAUAAAAGCCGCAAUCGCUAAACCAGGGAGCCCAAUCGAAAUAGUCCUUACGAAAGACUCGAAAAGAAAAGAGGCGGCUGUACUGGGCUUCAAGCCUUCGAGAGCCCAAGCGAACGACAAGGAUGCCUACCCAGAACGAUUGUAUGGAGGAGACGCGCUGGCUGUGGCAGCUCGAUAUCCUGCAGACACCUACCCCAACCUCAAGACUCUACUGGGACUAGCGGUUGAGGAUGAGUCCGUGGCAGGAUUUAGUAGUCGGUACCCGAGUUUGCAGACUCAACCUAUUUCCAGAGAAGAUGGAAGAAGCACAUUUGGUUUCAUAAGCUCGAACUUGCGCAGAUCGGAACCACUCAUGGUAGAAGAGCUGGUAGCAAUGCAACUACAGAAUAUCAAGGCCAAUGCCGAAGCAGCAGUAGGUAAAAGCAAUUUUGUGGCCGAUGCAGUCAUCACAUAUCCUGCUUUUUACACGGCUGAAGAGAAGAAGGCUCUAGAACUUGCAGCAGAUCUAGCUGGUCUACGUUUGCUAGGUCUAAUUAGUGAUGGCCAAGCCGUAGGCUUGAACUAUGCCACAACGCGUACGUUGGACAGCAAGAAGAAGGAUAUCGAGCCGGAGUAUCAUGUUGUCUAUGACAUGGGAGCUGGUUCUACUACUGCAACUGUGUUCAAGCUGUACGGAAAGACAGUCAAAGGCCCAGGUCGGAAGAACCAGACUGUGCCGGAGGUUCAAGUCUUGGGCGUUGGUUACGAUCGUCAACUCGGUGGUGAAGCGCUCAAUGAUCUGAUUGUGCAGGAUAUGAUCGGGAAAUUUGUUGAGACCAGUAAAGCCAAAGCACUGAGCAUUAGUGCCUCGCAACUUGAAAAGGACGGCAAGACAUUAGCGAGACUUCGAAGGGAUGCAGAAAAAGUUCGACAAGUGCUCAGUGCCAAUCAGCAGGCUUCUGCCAGCUUCGAAGGCCUAUAUCAUGAAGAUGUGAACUUCAAGUACACAUUGACACGUGCUAACUUCGAACGAUUGGCUGAGUCUUUCAUCUUGCGCAUUGCUGCACCACUAUCUUCUGCUCUUCAAAUGGCAGAUAUUACUUUGGCAAACGUUGAAUCUAUCAUCCUCCAUGGUGGUCUGACAAGAACUCCUUUUGUUCAAGCUGAAGUAGAGAAGGCUGCAACUUCAGCCAGCAAGGUCAAGACGAACAUCAAUGCAGACGAGGCAGCCGCAUUUGGUGCAGCAUUCAAAGCAGCAAGUCUGAGCGCCAGCUUCCGCGUAAAGGACAUUCGAACGACCGAUAUAUCUGGUUCUUCCUAUACUAUGAAAUGGAAAGCAGACGGCAAAGAUCGUCAACAGAAGUUGUUCCUAGAAACUUCGCAAGUCGGGCCUGAGAAGUCGGUCACAGUCAAGAGCACGGAUGAUUUGGUCAUUGAGUUUUCGCAGACGUCGCCAUAUCAAGACGCAACACGGGCAAUUUUGAAUGUCGAGACUACUAACAUGACAAAAUCAGCGAACGAGCUGAAGAGCGCCUAUGGGUGUGCUAAUCAAAAUAUUACCACAACCUUCACUAUUCGGCUUAGUCCUUUCGACGGACUUCCCGAGAUUGUGUCUGGAAGCGUCAGCUGCGAAGCACAAAAACUCAAGGAAGGUACAGUUAUGGACAAUGUUAAGGGCAUGUUUGGUUUCGGCUCGAAGAAGGAAGGCCAGGAACCAUUGAAAAACGAUCAGGAGACACUUGAAGAUUCAACCAGCGAAACACCACUGCCGGUCGACGACCCUACAAGUUCAGGUACACUUGUGUCAGAAGCAACUGCUAAAGCGUCUGAAAGCCAGACUAGGAGUGCCAAAACGGCACCGACACCAUCUACAAUCACCAUACCGCUCGCUCUCAAACCUGCCAUAUUAGGAGCUGGGGCCCCUCCUCGCAAAGCUCUACCUGUUAUCAAGCAGCGAUUGGUCGCAUUCGACAAUUCUGACCGCAAUGCCGCACUGAGGUCCGAAGCUCUCAAUGUACUUGAAGCAUUCACAUACCGAGCACGUGACUAUCUUGAGGACGAUUCUUUCGCUAAAUUUUCGACUGAAACCUCGCGUAAGACUUUAGCGGAACAGCUGUCCAAAGUCUCUGACUGGCUCUAUGGCGAAGGGUCUGAUGCCAAGUUACAGGACUUCAAGGACAAAUUGAAGGAACUUAAGAGCUUGGUCGACCCCGUGCUCAAGCGCAGAGAAGAAGGCAGCACGCGAGAACAGGCCAUCGAGACGCUUAGGAAUAGCCUUAAUAAUGCUUCAGGAAUACUUGAUAUGAUCAAAAGCAGUAUGCAGAAGGCAGCUGAGGACGCUGUCUCGAGUGUCAGCUCGGUCGCUACUGCAGUCUCCGAAAGUGCUUCCUCGAUAGUGGCACCCUCCGCAGGCGCAGAUGAUCUCGAAGACGAGCCAUACUCGAGCACGAGCCAAGGUGCAACCUCAGAGUCUGACUAUGCAACGCCAAAGCCCUACGAAUAUACUCAGGAAGAUUUAAGUAGUAUCGAGAAGGUCUACGACACCGCAUCGUCGUGGCUUGAGCAAAAGUUAGCUGCUCAGGAGAAGCUAUCACCUUAUGAAGACCCGGCUGUCCUGGUGGCAGAGGUCGAGGCGAAAGCCAAACAAGUUGGAGCAGCAGUAUCAGACGUCAUCAUGAAGCAAAUAAAGGUGCAGCAAGCACUAAAGCCGAAGAAAAGCAAGACUACGAAGAAGUCUAAGAAGAGCAAAGCCAGCUCAACAGGUACAACGUCGGAAACUGUAGCCAACGAGCCGGGUACUACUUCGACUGCAAGCGCAACAACGAGUGUCAAGGACGAGUUAUGA